AUCUCUUGUUUUAUUUGUAGUUAUAUGAAUGAUGAAACUUUAUUUUUCUUUCGGUGGGUAUUUCUUUUUGAAGGAUAUUCACGGAUUGGGAUGAAAUGACAAAACACCCACCACCCACCGAUUGUAUUCUCUUACCAAAAUCUCAUUUUAUCCAUAUCAGUAAGCUAUGAAGCUUCUUCAUUGCUAAAACUGAAGAGAAAAGCCAUCGUCAACACUUUUGAAGAUCAUGUGAAGAAGAUCCCAAAUGGGUAUUUUUCCAUAAGAAUCAGAAACUAUUCUUCUCAGAGCACAGGGAUUUUGUUGUUGGAGUGGCCUAAAGUCCAAGAUAGGAAUUGGAAAGUCUGGUGGUUUAGCUAAAAAUUCUUGACUUCAGGUUGUGGCAAUUGCUUCAGAGGCCAUCUCCACUUCAUUUUCGUGUUUCAUUGACGAAAUUUCUCGAAUUUGAGUCGGUAUGUUUUGUUGAGCUGGUGAGAGACCGUAUCGAUUGCCCAAGCGAUGGAUGUCAGAUUCUUCUUGCUUCUCUUAGUAGUUUCUCUACCUGCUAUCUGGGCUCAAGACAUAGAACAUGCCAGAAUUAUAAUCAAUGCUAAUGAGAAAGUUGCAGAAACAGACUAUAAUUUCAUCUGUGCUACCUUGGAUUGGUGGCCUCAUGAUAAGUGUGAUUACAACCAAUGUCCAUGGGGGUACUCAUCCGUCAUUAAUUUGAACCUAUCUCAUCCUCUUCUUUCCAAGGCAAUUCAAGCUUUCCAUAAUUUAAGGAUCAGAAUUGGUGGCUCUUUACAAGACCAAGUAUUGUAUGAUGUCGGAAACUUGAAAACCCCCUGCCGUCCAUUUCAGAAGAUAAGCUCGGGGUUAUUUGGUUUCUCAAAGGGAUGUUUACACAUGAAUCGGUGGGAUGAGCUAAACCAUUUAUUCUCCAGGACAGGAGCCAUUGUGACAUUUGGCUUGAAUGCCCUUUAUGGGAGGCACAAGAUUGGUAGAACUCAGUGGGGAGGAGAUUGGGACUCCAGUAAUGCUCGUGAUUUUAUGAAGUACACCAUUACUAAGGGAUAUGUGAUCGAGUCGUGGGAAUUUGGUAAUGAAUUGAGUGGAAGUGGUGUUGCUGCUAGUGUUGGUGCUGUACAGUAUGGAAAAGACCUGAUCCGACUCAAAAGCAUCAUCAAUGAGCUGUACCAAGAUUCCAACUCAAAACCGUCACUUAUAGCACCUGGAGGAUUUUAUGAGCAGGAUUGGUAUGCAAAACUUCUCCAGGUUACAGGAUCAAAUGUGGUUGAUGUCAUCACCCAUCAUAUAUAUAACUUGGGUCCAGGCAUUGAUCCCAAUCUAGUGAAAAAGAUACUUGAUCCCCAAUACCUUAGCAGAGUAUCAGAAACAUUCAGCAAAGUUGAUCAAACCAUCCAAACAUAUGGUCCGUGGGCUUCUGCAUGGAUUGGGGAAUCUGGUGGGGCAUACAACAGUGGUGGCCGUAAUGUAUCUAACACAUUUGUCAACAGUUUUUGGUACCUAGAUCAGCUGGGUAUGGCAGCCAAGUACAGAACAAAGGUCUACUGCAGACAAACACUAAUUGGUGGAAAUUAUGGUCUUCUAAACACCGGCACAUUUGUGCCAAAUCCAGAUUUCUACAGUGCACUUCUAUGGCACCGGCUUAUGGGAACAGGUGUUCUUGAUGUCAAUAGUGAUGCUUCUCCCUUUUUACGCUAUUAUGCUCAUUGCUCAAAAGAAAGGGCUGGUGUGACUGCAUUGUUUAUUAAUUUAAGUAAUCAAACACGUUUUGAAGUCAGUGCUCGGAACAGCUUAACUAUAAAGCCGAUGAGGAUUCACAAAGGGAGCUCUUUCAUGCAAGGUAUUAAGAAAACAGUAAGUUGGGUUGGAAACAAGGCAUCAGAUUUGUCCAUAUCAAGAGAAGAAUACCACCUGACUCCAAAAGAUGGUUUCCUUCAAAGCCAAACCAUGGUUCUAAAUGAUAUCCCAUUAGAACUGACUGAAGAUGGAAACAUUCCUCCACUAAACCCUGUUCUUAAUGAUGUGAAAUCUCCUAUAGUUAUAGCUCCUUUGUCCAUUGCUUUUAUAGUGUUCCCAAAUUUUGAAGCUCCAACUUGCAAAUGAUCUGUUUACAAACAGUAGUAAUAAAGGUCUCACCUCUCCUCAACGAGGGAGGGGAUACGUCCUUUUGGAAAA